GGCAUUCUCCAUAAUCUGCACGAAAAACUUUGCAACAAAAUCUAAAAUUGGACUGGUACCCUGAUGAAGAAAAUCACACUAAGAGCAACUGGAGAGUGAAAUCAGAUGGAAAAGAUACGAAGAAGAAACAUGUAAAGAUCAAAUUUUCAGCCAGUAGCAGGUCAAGAAAUCUGGAUAAUGAUCUCAUGCAGCUCGGGAUCGGGAUCGAGAUCAGGAUUAUUAUCUGAGAUAGAUGUCGGAUAGAGCAUGAGAGUGCGAGACGAGAGGGCUCUAGGGUUAGGAUCUGGGGUGGAGAUUUGGUUUCGCCAAAUGUGGAGAGAGCGGGGACAGGAUCUCUGGCGGCGGAUCGAGAAGAUGAAAUCACCGCCACCAGCCUCUUAACAUUCAUUCCAACCCCGUCCGAUCUAGGCGAGAUCCUCCGUGCGCGAAAUGGUGGGGUGGGGCGGGCUACGAGUGGGAAGGAAUGAAGGAGAGCCGGGAAUGCGGGCGGAAGUAUCUAACGCCGCGGUUUAGGGACGGCACAGACGCAGCUCCAGGGUCUGUUGAUCGGAUGGUUGGUAGAUUUCUAUUAGACUGAUAGCGACAUUUAAUGCGGGUGCUAGAGAACGUGUUGGGUUCCCUUUGAUCCAAACUGCCUGGGUCCUGACUAGGGCUGCAACUUGGGUGGGUGAAGUAGCAUCCAGGUCUAACUCGACCCACUUCUGGCCCAGCUUGACCUCCUGACCCAUAAUGCAGCUGGUUGGUGGUCAGAUCAGCUCGUCUCUCUCUUCAGCUUAAGAGUCUUAGACUCAUUUUUUGUAAGCUAAUUUUUACAGAUUUAGUCAGGUCUCAUUUUUUGUGACUCACAUCUCUGUCCUAGUUUUGAUGUCCAAGUCUCCGAUGGAACUGAGUUUUGUGUAUACGGGUUGAGUCAAAGACGAGCCUUGUACGUAUUCAGAAAUGUAUCUACUCGAGCCAUUUGCACCCUGAGGUCUUAUUCGAGCCUGGAUCGACCAAGAUUAAAAAUACAACAAUAGUAGAACGGGUCCAGGUCCUAAUGUAGGGUGGAAGAUUCACGCCAUUCACAGCAUCAAAGCUUAGCCAAAAUAAAGUUCCUUCUAGAUGAAUUAGGCUUAAUUGCAUCCGGUCCAUAGCCCAUAAGCUACAAGCAUGCGCAUCACGCACAAAUCCAGACACUUGGGCCCCAACCAAGCCAGCGGCUCACUUCUACUCCUUCACAGAAUUGAACCUGGCUUCGAGGACAAACAACGGUCGAAUUUUUAAACCCCCCCUCUUCUCCGCCCAAUCCAAACCCCCACCAUUUCUGCCAACCAAAUUUCCUUUUCCAUCUUCCCUGUUUCUCUCACUUUCCCAAAACCCCAUAUCAAUUCUUUCUUGGUUCUUUCCUCCAUCUUCCCAGUCUUACAAUGGCAGAACAAAGAGAUAACCAUGUCGUCGAAAUCCCAGUCGAUAUCGAGCCCCAGAAGCAAAGCCUCUUUGCUGAUGCCGCCCUUGGCGCGAUCCAACACCACCCCCUAACCGAAAUCUCCAAGAGCCCCGGCCACCUUCUCCUCCUCAAGCUCUGGCAGAGGGAGGAAGACCUCCAUGGGCACCGCAUUGGAGCAAUCGAGGCCCGGCUGGAGACCAUCAGGCGCGGGGCCUUCCAGCUCUGCUGCCUCUACUUCGCCUUCCAUGGAAUCUCUCUCACCCUCCUUUUCACCUCCUCGGUUAACCAGUCGGAGGAUCGCAGGGCGUGCAAGAACUGGUGGGUCCCUUCCUGCUUGUCCCUUCUCACCUCGCUUGUUUUGGUUUGUGCGGUGCAGAUAAAGAUCUGCGGAUAUUGGAAGGUCUCGAGGCAUUUGCAGAGGGAGAGAGCCGACGGGCGGGCCCUCACGAGGUCCAUUCAGGAGUUGAGGAUGAAAGGCGCCAGCUUUGAUCUGUCCAAGGAGCCGCAGACCUCGAAAAGAAUGAAGAGCUCAAGCGUAGAGAUCAAAUGGAGGCCUCUCCGGUGGUGCUCCCAGAAUCUUGUGACCAUAUGUCUUCUCUGCUUCACGGGGAUGAUCUUUCCAGCUUGCAAGUUCAUACCCUGCGGCUAGGAUGGUUUCUUGAAUCAAAAUGAGGAUUCUUUUAUUUAUUUAUCUAUCUAUUCCGGGGUUUUAUUUAUUUAUUUAUUUAUUUAUUAUUUCGGGGCAGCACUGAGUGCCCUGAUGAUCACAUACCCUUAGAGUUGAUCUUUUUUUCCUGCCUUUGGACAGAAUCAAGUCAAUAUAUGUCAUUUUUUUUUAUUGAUACAAUAGUUUUGCCUUUGAACUUCACUUAAUUCCGUAAUUUUUUCUUCUGCCAACAGUUGGGUCUGUAUUAGGAUUUUCUUUGUCCGAGGAUUUAUGGCAAUUGGAGCCUGAUAGGUUCAUGAUUUUAUGUUCACUAAGAAGCUUUGUUAUAUGCUUCUCAAGCAAGAGGAAUUGAGAAAGCUCUUCUGUAUAAAUAUCUGAUCUUUUCCA